CCAACCCGAGAUCGCAACCCGAGAGCGAGCGACCGAGCGAGGGCAUGCCCGGGCCCGCCCCCGGCCACCGGCCAUGAAGAGCCACACAAAGUCCCGCCGCGGCUGCGUCCAGUGCAAGCACCGCAAGGUCAAGUGCGACGAGACGCUGCCCUGCUGCGACCGCUGCCGCCGCCGCCACGAGCACUGCUCCUACCUCGACGAGGUCUACGGCUCGCCCGGCGGAGGCCAGGCCGGCAGCGGCAGCACCACCAGCAACAACAAUGCCUCCAGUAACAACAACAAUAGCAACAGCAGCAACCCCCCGAGCACCACCUUGGCCAGCUCAGGCCUCGUCACCACACCCGGCUCCUCGAGCGGUGGCAGCACGAUCGGCGCCGGCCCAGGCGGCGUCACCGGAGCCUUUGGGCCUGGGUCCUUCUCGGCCGCCGGCCACUCCUCCGGGACCGCACAGCACAACAGCUACCAACAUGCCCAGCGAGGUCCCCUCCCGUCUGCCAGCCAGCUCGGCAUGCUCGACACCUCUGUCGGCGCCUCUGGCUCCCUGGGCAUGAACCAGUCCCCCUUAGGCACCCCGCUCAUCGGCCCAGGCCUGGCAGAUCCGUCCAACGGCUAUGUCGUCGACAUGGAGCUGCUGCACUUCUACCUGACCUGCACAUACAAGACGCUCUGGGGCCGCGCCGAGGGCAAGCUCGUCUGGCGGGACGUCAUCUUCCGCGAGGCCCUUGCCCAUCCGGCCCUCAUGAACGGACUUCUGACCACCGCCGCCCUCCACCGGAUCGUGACUCUGAGUGCGACCCACGGGCCCUCGGCGGCAGCGGUCUAUCACUCGGUGGCCUUGCACAAGCAGCGGCAGGCACUCGAGGGUCUCGUCGUGCUGCUGAGGUCUCUCGAUCCGGAGAGCUGCCGGGCCAUCUUCCCGUUGUCCAUGAUGGUGUCCUUCUGGGCGUUCGUGUCCCGCGACGUGCCCGAAGAGCUGGGCAUCCUCACGACGCUCGACAUCAACGGCGGCAUCCAGCCGCCUACACACAACAAUAACCACAACAUUAACAGCAACCAUGCCUCCCCAGCCGGGUUCACAGACCCAGGCACACCACACCAACACCAGCAACAGCACAUCACCCUCCCGCCGAUCAAAUCCACUCUGGACCUCUUUGUCGAGCUCAUCCGGCGCAUCCGGGCCGUCCAGACCAUCGCGCAGGAGUCGAUAUCCUGGCUGACCCAGUCCCAGUUCCUUCCCCUGAUGGCGGUGCCCAACUACGACACCCUGCCCGCCCUGCCGCACGGCAUCACGCAGGCCCUGCACACCCUAGACGCCCACAUCCAGCGCACCCCGCGCAUCGCCGCCAUGCUCUCGGGCCUCGACAACAGGUACUCGCUCAGCACCAUGUACAAGCUCUCGCGGUGCCCGGACUGGCUCGAGCUCGUCACGGGCUGGCCCAUGACCCUCCCGCAGAGCUUCGUCGACGAGCUGCAGCGGCGCAACCACGCCGCGCUGACCGUCUUUGCGUACUGGCUCGGCUGCUUCCAGGUCCUCGAGGACCGGUGGUGGGCUCGCGGGUGGACGGCGGCGCUGAUUGUCGAGAUUGAGGGCACGGUCAGGGGCGGCGAGUGGGCGCCGCUGGUGGACUGGGUCAGGAUGUAUCUGAGUAUCAUCAAGUGAUUUGCGGGUCUAGGUGGUAAAUGGUUUUUCUUGGCUGUGCAGCUAUCGGCUACGGAGGGAGGAGUUUCAUGGAAUAUCAGAAUUCUAAACGGGCCAGUCUCGCGGUCAUGGGACUGCGGGCGUAUACAGUGUGCUUCCUUACCAAUCAAUAUCGGACUGGGCUUGGCCGGUCUUUGAAACAUCAAUAUGGAUCAUCUUGGUGGCCUGCAUGGGGUUGUGCCCACGCACUACUCGAGCGAGCCGGCAUUCAUGUUUGCCAUGGCCUUUUAUGCUCACAUGGUGGAGGUCGGGGCCUCAAUCUCAUGCUGCCGCUUUCCAGGAUACCGUUGCCGAGCGAGCCUGGUAAUCCGAGCUCGUGCCCGCUUACGGCCCGUGUUGUUCUUCAUGAAGCUUUGCUAGUGCCUCGGAUGCU